GAUGAGGGAGAUACCCGUGAAUGUGUGGGUAGCAGACGUGGCCGUAGAGCAUCUUCCGCAGGUACCUGGCAUCAACGUAAAGAGCGCCAUCUUUGACGUAGCAUUUUCGCAGGGAGAUGCUCCAGAAUGGGUGCCGGGUAGCCUCGCGCACGAAGAGAUCAUAGUUGCUGCCAAUGCUCGCAUUACUUAUAUUCUUGAAGGAAGCACGGAGGAAGCUACGGCGUUCAUGACAACAAAUUUCUAUGACUUCUACAUGGGAAUGCCUCUAGUUACUGAUUUCAGCAUAGAGGAAUGUACCAUCGGAGUAGGAAAUGAGAUGAUUACUAAGAUCUAUUACAAUGGUAAUGUGAUUUAUUCUUUGCAUUUUGCUAUAUUAGAUAGAAAUAGUCUAAUAAUAAUCGCCAACGUAAAAUAUUAUGGCGCCAUAUCGAAAACCCAAAUGUAA